AUGUAUCUUGCUGCCAAAGUGACUCCAUCGGCUGUAACAAUUAAUAAUAUACUUGAUAAUAUUAAAUUUUAUACGCUUCAAUCAGAUGUUGAAUUAAGUGAUCUUUGUAGAAAACAAAGUGAUAUUUACUACAAAACUUUAAUAACCGGAACAUCAACUAAAGAUGAAUGGGCUAAGGAAAUGAUGGAUGCUUCAUCCAAAAUUCAAGCUGGAAUUUAUUUUGGAAACAUUGCUGAUUUAGGAGCAUUUGAUGAAUGUUUACGAAUUAAUAGUGACAAGGAGCAUAUUAAGGGAAAAUAUUGCCUUACAAAAUUAAACGUAGCAUUAUUACAUGAUAAAUCUGUUUCUCGAACUCAAAAACUUUUGAACCAUUCGAGUGACAAUCAUUUUCCAGAGACUUUUACAGAUCCACCAUCUACUCCUGCACUACGUUGGUCAAUUUGUGUACCAGAUGGUUGUACAGCUGAAGAUGUUCAAGCACACUUAAACAGUUACAACAAAAAUCUUAAUUUCACAGUAAAAGAAGAAUUCUGCCAGACAGUUGAAUCUCAACCAAAACUUAACACUGGUGACUGGGCCACCAUCGGUAUUCUAAUAGCUUUAGCCUGCGUUAUCUUAUUGAGUACAUGUUAUGACAUUUUUCUCUACCAAGUUCAAAAAGAUCCGAUACAUCCUUUAACAAUUGCUUUUUCAUGGUUUACAAAUUUCAAGAAAUUAAUCAAAAUAAAUAAUAAUCCUGAUUUGUUACCUUGUUUAAAUGGAAUUCGUGUAAUCAGUAUAUUAUGGAUUAUCCAUGGUCAUGAAACGGAUACCAUGGGACACGGUGUACUUUUUAAUGGGAAGGAGGCAAUGAAUUUUAAUAAACGAACAUGGUCACUAUUUACACUUUCGAGUUCUGUAGCCGUAGAUUCAUUCUUCUUUUUAAGUGGUUUACUUUUAAUGUUUGGAUUUCUUAAAUCACGGGCGAGAAAAAUUCCUUUUAAUAUUCCAUUGUUUUACAUUCAUCGAUAUCUAAGAGUUACUCCUCCAUUUGCAGCUCUUGUGAUUUUGUAUAUAACAUUCUAUAUGAAACUUGGUAGCGGCCCAAUUUGGGAAUCAAAUAAUCAAAUAUUACAAGACAGUUGUAAAGAAUAUUGGUGGUCAAGUGUGUUACAUAUUCAAAAUUUUGUAAAUCCUAAUAAAUAUUGCUCUGUUCCAUCAUGGUAUCUGUCUGUGGAUAUGCAGUUAUACAUUUUGGCCCCUUUAAUAUUAAUCCCUAUUGGAAAAUGGCCCAAGAUCACAUCAUAUUUAUUUGGAAUUCUUGUAAUAGCAUUUACAAUAAUACCAACAAUUGUGGCAUGGCAAUAUGAAAUACCUGCACUUGCAUUAAAUGGUGAAAUUCCUGAUUUUCAACGAGUAUACUAUGCUCAAGUGCAUACCAGAGCUGGACCAUGGGUCAUUGGUUUAGCGUUAGGAUAUAUUUUGUUUAUAACAAAGAAUAAAACCAUUCGAAUAAAUAAGAUUUUGGCGGCAUCAUUAUGGUUAUUAACAGCGGUAGCCAUGGUAUAUAUUGUAUUUGGACUAUAUCCAGCCCUAAGAGAUGAUUUUCAAUAUAGCAGAUUAUUUAGUAGUAUAUUUACGGGAUUCCAUAGGAAUGUUUGGACUUUAGGAUUAUGCUGGAUCGUGUUUGCGUGCAUACAUGGAUAUGGCGGUCCUGUUAAUUGGUUUUUAUCGCUACCAGUAUUCCAAUUCUUUGGAAAAAUUACGUAUGCUUUGUAUUUAUUACAUGAUCCUAAACAAAAUUAUGUUUCUGGUGUUUCCCGAGUUCCAUUUAUAUUUCAAGACUUUACUAUUUUACAAUCGUAUUUUAGCACGCUGUGUUUAAGUACAUUGUUUUCUAUAGUUUGGGUUCUUUGUUUCGAAACUCCUUUUGGUGUCAUUGAUGGAGUCAUCAUUAAAGCAGUUUCAAAUUGGAAGAAGAAAGAAUCAAAACAAAGGUCUUGAAAGAAUACCUAUAUAAUUUGUAAAUUUAAAUGAUGUAAAUGAAUUUAUUGCAAAUAAAUUAUAUACUCCAAC